AUGAGACCACAAGGAUCAUUGCCUAGUGACACAAUUCCAAAUUCAAAGAGAGAUGAGGGCAUAAAGCGAGUGUUUUCCAUUUCCACAAGGCGAAGCAAAAUUCUAAAGAAGAGAUCCAUUGUAGUUGAGGAUGAUGAUGACGAAGAGGAGUUGCCUCUAAAAUAUGCUUUUCCUAAAGUCAAGAGUCCCAAAGUUCCUAAGGUUGCUCUUCCCAAGAUUGAUGAUCCUCCUAAAUUUUAUGAAGUUCCUAAGCAAAAUGUACCUCUCAUGGUCAAUGAGACACCCGAGGUACACCAAGCACCAAGCACUUCUCAAAAUGUCAAAGAAGCCCCUUCAAAAGAGAACGAACCAAGCAAUGAUGCAAGAAAGGAGGCACAAAGAGUGUACAAGCAAUUACCGAGAACGCCUCCUCCGUUUCCACAAAUAUUUGCAAAGCAACAACAAGAAGGUCAAUUGCAAAAGUUCUAUGAUAUGUUAAAUAAAAUCACCAUCAAUGUGCCUUUUGUGGAAGCUCUUGAAAAGAUGUCGGGCUAUGCUAAAUUCAUGAAAAACUUGGUCACUAAGAAGAAGAAUGUUAAUUUUGAGACCAUCAAGGUCACCCACCAAUGUAGUGCAAUCAUCUCACAAAUCGGGGUUGAGAAGAUAGAAGACCCGGGGGCUUUCACUAUUCCUUGUGCUAUUGGGUUGACAAGCUUCACAAAAUCUUUGUGUGAUUUGGGGGCUAGUAUCAAUUUGAUGCCCUAUGCUGUAUUCAAGAAAUUAGGUUUGGGGGAUCCUAGACCUACCACAAUGAAGUUGUUAACGGCAGAUCGAACAUUAAAGAAACCAUUGGGUGUCAUCGAUGAUGUCCUUGUCAAAGUGGAUCGAUUCUAUUUUCCUGUCGACUUUGUAAUAUUGGAUUGUGAAGUGGAUAUAGAAAUUCCAAUCAUCCUUGGAAGACCUUUCUUGGAAACCAGGCGAGCUAUUUGUGAUGAUGAAGCGGGAGAGCUCAAAUUUAGAUUGAAUAAUGAAGAGGCAAUUUUCCAUAUACAAAAGUCAAUAAAACAACCACAUGACUAUGGUGUGAUAUCCGUAGUUGAUGUGGUGGAUGAUGUGGUUGACGAUGACAUGGAAGAUAUUUGCAUGCAAGAAGCUCUACAAGAGGUUCUCCUCAAUUCGAACAAUGAGGCCAUGAAAGGGUAA